UUUUUUUCUUGUACUUUCCAUUUCAAAACGUUUAGGCUAGGGUUUAAAUUGUUUUAUUUUUGAAAAAUUUAUCGAGAAGAAUGCAAAUCCAACCUUAGUUCAACCUCCCGUUCACCGUUCUCUCUUCAUCGCUGUUGCCAUCGCUGCUUAUCCUUCACACUAUUGCUGCUAGCUCAUUAUCUUCCAAUCUCAAAGGCUGUCACCAUCAUCAUCCUUGUACUGCCAUUGUGCUCGCAUUUUGAAGCUCCAACCUAAAGAUGCUAUCGAAGCCAUCUUCGUCAAAGGGACUUUGGUUGUACUUCCGUUUUGACCUCUCAAUAAUUAAUGGCCUUCACACUUGGAUCUGCCAAGGACCGAGCAGAAAAAUGAAGUAGAAAAAUCGACUUCUUAGAGUUACAAGUGAAUGCAGAAAAAUUUUUAGAAAUGAGGAUUUCAAGCUCAAAGAGAGAGAGAGAGAGAGCUCAAAGAAAAGCAUUGGUGGUGGUGACUAAUUUGUCCUGCGUUAAUUUGAGGUAGAAGAUCUCAAAGAAUUAUCAUCUUGUCGUUGCCUACAUCAAAGAAUUAUCAUCUUGUCGUUGCCCAGGUAUGGAAUUUAUAGCGCUCCUAAUUAAGAAACACCUUAAGCAUGUUGAAACCACAGAUGAAAAAAUGCAUGGAUUGAAAAGAAAACUAGAAGUCUUAGAAAGCAGAGAAGACGAUGUUAAAGAAGAGUUGAAAUAUGCAGAGCGAAUUUCAUUGAAGAAAAGGAAGAAGGAAGUUGAAAAAUGGUUGACCGAUGUUGGAAGGAUGAAGAAUGAAGUUCAACAAAUUGAGCAAGAACUUCCAAAUAGGAGAUGGUAUACACAAAUAUCAUUGUGGAGAAGUAUGGAUAGUUCUACAUCAGAAAUUACAGAACUUAUUCAACAAGGUGGAUUUCCUAAAGGACUCACACUUGAAGCAGCUGAUCAGAAUGGUGGAUAUCCGCUGCUUGCGACAAAACUAGCAGGAAAAAUGUUUCACAACAACAGGGAUAUGAUUUUGGAAUAUUUAUUGAAUGACAGUGACUCAAUUAUUGGUAUAUAUGGGAUGGGAGGAGUUGGGAAAACAACCCUGGUUACACAUACCUUCAACCAACUUUUGAAUCAUCCAAACACUUAUGUAUCUUGGGUCACUGUUUCACAAAAUUUCAGCAUUUACAAAUUGCAGAAUGACAUUGCAAAGACUGUGCAUCUUGAUCUUUCGGAUGAAGAUGAUGAGAGAAAAAGGGCGGCAAGACUGGCAUGGGCCUUAAGUAGAAGGUCACACUUUGUACUGAUUUUAGAUGAUGUGUGGCAUCAUAUUCCUCUAGAAAAAGUGGGAGUUCCUGUCAGUAAAAGCUGUAAGUUGGUUUUAACAACUCGGUCAUUGGAGGUCUGUCGAAGGAUGGACUGCCAGAAACAUAUCAAAGUAGAGCCCCUUUGUGAAGAAGAAGCUUGGAAACUAUUUAUGGAGAAGCUUGGGCCUGGUAUAACGCUUCCUCAUCAAGUUGAAAGAAUUGCAAGGUCUUUGGCGAAACAAUGUGCCGGUUUGCCUCUUGGGAUUAUUACAAUGGCAGGAAGCAUGAAGGGUGUGGAUGACAUAUGCGAGUGGAGUGCUGCGUUUGAGAGAAUCAAAGUAUCAAAAAUGGGGCAAGAGGACAUGGAAACAGAUGUGUUCCAUGUAUUGAAAUAUAGCUUUGACAAGCUGAAAGACCCUAAAGUUCAGCAAUGUUUUUUAUAUUGCUCAUUAUUUCCUGAAGACUUCAAAAUUGACAGAAAGUUGUUGAUAGAAUAUUUUAUUGAUGAAGGAUUCAUCGAUGAGAUGGAUAGUAGAAGAGCAGAGUUUAUAAAGGGUCAUACCAUAUUGAAUAAACUGGAGAAUGCUUGCUUAUUAGAAGGUGGAACAAACAGCCUUGGGAAAAGGUUUGUGAAGAUGCAUGACUUAUUAAGAGACAUGGCCAUCAAAAUUGCGAGUGUGAGUACCCCAUUUUUGGUCGAAGCGCGAGUGGGAUUGAGAGAUAUACCACAAGAAGAAAAGUGGACCGAUGAUCUUGUGAGAGUCUCUUUGAUGUGUAACUUCAUAUCCAAAAUUUCUUCCAGCACAUCACCAAAAUGUCCUAGACUUUCGACAUUGCUUCUUCGAGAAAACUUCAACACAAAUAGCAUUCCAAGUUGUUUCUUCUCACAUAUGAAUGAGCUUAAUGUUCUGGAUCUGUCAGGUAGUUGUAUUGGUAAUCUACCCAAUUCGAUAUCUGACUUGAGGAACCUCACUUCCUUAUUGCUUAGAGAAUGUAGGAGGUUGAAGCACGUGCCUUCUUUGGCUAAGCUCAAGGCUUUGAGGAGGUUGGAUUUGGCUAACACACAAAUAGUAGAAGUACCACAUGGCAUGGAGAAGUUAGAAAACCUGAAAUACCUUAAUAUGGACAUAAGAACCCUAAAGAUGAUUCCUGAUGGUAUUUUAUCACAACUUUCCCGUCUACAGUACCUUGUGGUUCAUGAUUUCCAAAUAUCCACCGCCAAAGUUCGAGGAGAGGAGAUAGCCAGUUUGAACAAAUUGGAAAUAUUUAAAGGACAAUUAUACGACAUAAAUGACUUGAAUACAUACGUAAGAUCUUGGGGGAAGAAUGGCCCGAAUAGGUACAUUCUUCAAGUGGGACUUUACUCUAAAAAUGAUCCCCUUAAGAAGUUUGCCAAUGCAUAUAGAAAAGCUCUAUGUUUACAACUAUGCAACAUAAGUGAAAGCAAAGUUGGAAGACACUCACUUCAAUUACCCAAAGACAUCCAAUUCCUUUAUAUUGGCCAAUGCCACGAUGCAAGUAAUCUAUGCGAUGUUUUGUCGUUGAGGAAUGCAACUGAUUUGAGAAUGUGUUUUGUUGACUGUUGUAAUGGGAUGAAACACAUGCUUUGCUCUUCUUCUUGUAACCUUCCUCUUGUUCAGAGUCUUGAGUCAAUACAUCUGGAGAAUUUGUUGAAUUUACAUGGACUGGUUGGGAGAGAGAUAAGAGGUGCAUCAUCACUAAUCCCACCUGCUACUUUUUCCUCUCUGAAAAAAUUUUCAAUAUAUGAUUGUCCAAAUAUAAAGAUAUUGUUCACCCCUGCAAUGGCAUCAAACCUUCAAAAUCUGGCAGAAAUACAGGUUAGAUUUUGUGAGAAGAUAGUAGAAAUAGUAGCAUCAGCAUCAGAUGGUAAUGAAGAGCUUAUCGAAGGAGAUGAAGCUGAUGAAAUCAACAAAUUCACUUUUCCUAAAUUAACAUGUUUGGAAUUAUGGGUCCUACCAGAGUUGAAGAGCUUCUGCAAGAGUACAAAUCCUGUGGUUGCUGAUUGUCUGCAACAAAUUUUUAUAUGGAAAUGUCCAAAGCUAGCGGACCCUUUUCUUCGCCAAAAAAACAAUGCCCUCCCCCUUCUCUAAGAAAGAUCACAGAGUGCAAAAAAGCUUUGGUAAGGCUAUAGAGCAUAUUGGCAUAUGAAAUCAAGUAUCAAGAAGUCUUCGUUUGACCAUGUUAUGUAGUUCUGCAGUUUUUCAAACUGUUUUGCAGUAAUUUGAAAUCCAAUUAAUGGGUGUCAAAAUUUGGGACUCAAAACCAUUCAGAA